ACGAGGGAAAAGGUGCGGCGGGGGGGAGGGAAAAGCCAGAAACAUGAGGCGCCAGAGACCCAGGGGCCGAGAGGUUUGGGUGUUUGCUUUGCCUCCCCUGCUGGCUCCAAGGUUACACAUUAAACCCUGUGGGGCUUCUGGGUCAGCCGAGGCCCGAUCGGUUUCUAGGUGAGAGCACGAGUGUCCUGGGUGAGCGUCCUUCCCCCUUUGCGCUUGCUCCCGCCACCCUCUGCUCGCAGCAGUUGUCCCACAGCCAGCCCUGGCCUGAGUCCGGAGAGGCCCACCUGGGGCCCUCCUAGUGGUCAUCAGACGUGGGCAGGUUUGGACACCUUUCGAGGGGUGAGAUGGGAGCAGAAGGUACACACCCCAUUACUCACACUCCUCACCCACUCGGAAGUAGGGACGCCAUCCCUUAGCUAAUCACCAUCCUCUUGCUCCUUAACUGAGCUUGUAUUGACUCGUGAAGAGCAGGAGGUGCCAGGGAGACACCUGGAAUUGAACUGAUUUCUGGUCAAGACCCUAAACAAUCGUACUAACCUCUGGGCAGAAGCCUAGAACCCAUGUAGGCCAAAAGGCAGUCUUUCCUCUUCUCCCUGAUGCUUUUACUCGUGAGACAGCGGUCCACUUCCCUCCCAUCUUCCCUGACGGAGGUUCCCCCGAGCCAGGGGGUCGGCGGAUGCUGAAGGCAGAGGACCCCGUGGCGGCAUUGUCUGUGUGACGCUGGGGGCUGACAGUGCUGAGAGCGCGGUGUCCACCGGCCCGGGCUGCGUGGAGACCGCGUCACAUCCUCCGCAGGAUUGUGCACCUGUGCCUGCGCAAGGCGGACCAGCAGCUGGUGAUCAUCAAGCAGAUCCCCGUGGAGCAGAUGACCAAGGAAGAGCGGCAGGCAGCCCAGAAUGAGUGUCAGGUCCUUAAGCUGCUCAACCAUCCCAAUGUCAUUGAGUACUAUGAGAACUUCCUGGAGGACAAGGCCCUCAUGAUUGCCAUGGAGUACGCACCAGGCGGCACCCUGGCUGAGUUCAUCCAGAAGCGCUGUAAUUCCCUGCUGGAGGAGGAGACCAUCCUGCACUUCUUUGUGCAGAUCCUGCUGGCGCUGCAUCACGUGCACACCCAUCUCAUCUUGCACCGGGACCUCAAGACCCAAAACAUCCUUCUUGACAAACAUCGCAUGGUCGUCAAGAUUGGCGACUUUGGCAUCUCCAAGAUCCUUAGCAGCAAGAGCAAGGCCUACACGGUGGUGGGUACGCCAUGCUACAUUUCCCCUGAACUGUGUGAGGGCAAGCCCUACAACCAGAAGAGCGACAUCUGGGCCCUGGGCUGCGUCCUCUAUGAGCUGGCCAGCCUCAAGAGGGCCUUUGAGGCUGCGAACCUGCCAGCGCUGGUGCUGAAGAUCAUGAGCGGCACCUUUGCACCCAUCUCUGACCGGUACAGCCCUGAGCUGCGCCAGCUGGUCCUGAGUCUGCUCAGCCUGGAGCCAGCACAGCGGCCACCGCUGAGCCACAUCAUGGCGCAGCCCCUCUGCAUGCGUGCCCUCCUCAACCUCCACACGGACUUGGGCAGCGUGCGAAUGCGGAGGGCAGAGAAGUCCCUGGCCACUGGGCCACCCAUAGCCCCAGGCAGCACAGGGAACAGGAUCACCAGUGCCCGCUGCAGGGGCAUCCCCCGGGGACCUGCGCGGCCAGCCAUUCCACCACCUCUGUCAUCCGUGUACACAUGGGGCGGGGGGCUCAGUGCUCCUCUGCGGCUGCCAAUGCUCAACACAGAGGUGGUUCAGGUGGCCGCCGGGCGCACACAGAAGGCUGGCGUCACACGCUCUGGGCGCCUCAUCCUGUGGGAGGCCCCACCCCUAGGUGGCGGAGGGGGCGCCCUCCUUCCCGGGGCAGUGGAGCAGCAGCAGCCCCAGUUCGUCUCCCGUUUCCUGGAAGGCCAGUCAGGUGUGACCAUCAAGCAUGUGGCCUGCGGGGACCUCUUCACAGCUUGCCUGACGGACCGAGGUAUCAUCAUGACCUUUGGCAGCGGCAGCAAUGGGUGCCUAGGCCAUGGCAGCCUCAAUGACAUCAGCCAGCCCACCAUCGUGGAGGCCCUGCUGGGUUAUGAGAUGGUGCAGGUGGCCUGUGGGGCCUCUCAUGUGCUGGCUCUGUCCACUGAGCGAGAACUGUUUGCCUGGGGCCGCGGAGAUGGUGGCCGGCUGGGACUAGGCACCAGGGAGUCCUACAACUGCCCCCAGCAGGUGCCCAUGCCCCCAGGACAGGAAGCCCAGCGGGUUGUAUGUGGCAUUGACUCCUCCAUGAUCCUCACUGUGCCUGGCCGAGUCCUGGCCUGCGGGAGCAACAGGUUCAACAAGUUGGGCCUGGACCACCUCUCCCUGGGGGAGGAGCCUGCCCCUCACCAGCAAGUGGAGGAGGUGCUGAGCUUCGCACCACUGUGCUCUGCACCCCUGGACCAGGAGACCCUGCUGAGUGUGGACCUAGGUACUGCUCAUUCAGCUGCUGUGACUGCCUCUGGGGACUGCUAUACUUUCGGCAGCAAUCAGCACGGUCAAUUGGGUACCAAUGCUCGCCGGGUCAGCCGGGCACCUUGUCAAGUGCAAGGCCUCCAGGGCAUCAAGAUAGCAAUGGUGGCCUGUGGGGAUGCCUUCACUGUAGCCAUUGGGGCAGAAGGUGAGGUAUACUCUUGGGGCAAAGGGGCCCGAGGUCGACUUGGAAGGAGGGAUGAGGACGCUGGACUCCCUCGUCCAGUGCAGCUAGAUGAGACACAUCCCUACACAGUGACUUCUGUGUCCUGUUGCCAUGGAAACACUCUCCUGGCUGUACGACCCGUCACCGAUGAGCCAGUCCCCCCGUGAGGUACCUGGAUACACCUCUGGACCACCCCAUAUUGCUUCUCUGAAUGUUCUUGGAAAGCACAGGUGCCUGAAGCAUGACUGUCUCCAUCCAGGCCCCCCGGAUUAUGUCCAGUGGGGUGUAAGAACUGAUGAAGCAAGCCCUGUGCUGCUUUUGGCCCUGGAUAUGUAAAACUGAACCCACCCUAUUACCCUAACACUUCUCUCUUCCCUCCCACCCCUUCUUCUCUUAAGUCAAUGCCCUCAGCUUGCCUUGAGUUGGAAGCCAGAUCUAACCCUUGGAAGCAGGGUAGUCUUCAGAGACUUGACAGGAAAAGGCUGGAGGUGGUGUGGCUCCACCCAGACCCUGCUCCUCCAGCCUGGUUAGAAAAUGCAUCGCUGGUGCCCAGUGGGACAGCAGCUCAGUGCUUUGGAGCAGGUCAAGGUGGAGCCUGCCUGGAGGGCCAUUCCAGUGGUCAUUCCAGCGGCCUAGCCUGUGCAUUGCCUGGGGCAGGGAGGUCUGGGGAAGCUGCUCUCACCCUCCACCCCCUCUGCCAUUCCUCCGAAACAGGUUGGGGGAAAGGUAACUGGCUGGACCAGACCAGUUUCCAGAUGACUGGAAGCAGUGCCAAUAAAAACAUCAGCUGCC